CUAGUACACAUCAAUGGAAAAUGCCAGUCAUUGAUAGGAGCUACAUGUAUCCCAGGGACUGUACCAGAUGAGUGUAGUUAUUAUGAUGAAUUCACAUCUUGCCAUGUACAUAGGAAGACCUGCCAGUGUGUGCCACAUUACUAUCUCAGUGGGGAUUACUGUAUGCCAGUCGUAGGUUCGGAAUGUGAAAAUAAUGAAUCAUGUGUGGCGCAAGUUGAGAAUAGCUUCUGCAAUGACAAGGACAUUUGUGAAUGUCAAGAUGGAUUUACAGAGCAUCAUGGGUUCUGCGAGCAGCUCACCAAUGUGCAUGGGUUUGACUGCUUUGACAGACCGUGGUUAUGUGAAGAGUUUGACAGGAAAAGUGCAUGUAUAGAUGGCGCCUGCAGUUGUAUCAACGGUUUUGACGUAAAUGAAAAUGAUGUUUGUGUCUCAGUGUUGGGUAGGUCUUGUUCAGAUUUCACAGAUUGCAUUGUGUAUGAUCCAAAUAGUGAUUGUAUAGAUGGGACAUGUUUAUGCAGGGCGGGCUAU